AUGCCGAAACGUACAACUCCGCCUAAACCGAACCACGACAAGCGCAAGCUCUCCGACCUGCAGCGUCGCGCCAUCUACGAAAGGCUGCUAGGGUGCAGCAACAACGGUCGGCUCGUCCAUGGGGAGUACACAGCCACCGCCGCCAUCUUCACAUGCCACUGGAAGACGGUCGCUCGCAUCUGGAAGCGAGGACAAGACUCUCUCCGUCAUGGCAGCGUCGUUGCCGUCGUUGAUGCCAAAUUCAAAGGGAAUUCAGGGCCGAAAGUGCAACGCACCCCGAGCGACAUUAGGGCCGCCAUCAAGGCAGUACCAUUGGUUGCCCGCCAGACAUUGCGUUCUGUGGCGGAGCACUCUGGGGUCCCGAAGACCACCCUCGUUCGACACAUGGCGGAAGAAGACCAACUGAAGUGCAAGUCAAGCUACUCGAAGCCGUUUCUCACCAAAGACAAUGAAAGAAGCCGCGUGAAGCAUGCAAUAUCUUUUCAUUUUUAG